AAACCGGCGGCGGAUCUCAGCCAAAAGCGGAAUACGGGCUUGAUCCACGCCUCAACACCGCCUCCAAUGUUCACAAUGAAAACAAGGCCGUGUUUCAAAUUUGGCCCCAUGAUCCAAACUCUACCGUCACUGGUCAGGCCAGUCGGUGACCUAUUAAGCCAAAUAUCGAAUAAGAUUAUUAAACCGACGUCAUUCAUCUAGCCCUCAUGUAUUAGCCCCAAUUUCAAUAUAUAUAUAUAGAGGAUCAGCGCUUUACAUUGAAGGCAUCUUCCCAUCUCACUCUUCUUCUGCUUUCAACUUACUACGCGAAGGGUCUUUUGACAUUUACAUAUCAUCGAAUAGACUAGAGUCUCAGAGUAUCCCACAAUAUCCACCCACCAUGAAUCAAGCACCACCGCCUGGGUCUGGUUAUGUACAACCACGAAUUUUCCCUGUUUACAAUGCAUCCCGGAGCAAUCUGACAAUCACGAUGGAGGACGACCGGCCAAUAUUCUUUGUCGAGAACUCAAGCGUCAGAAUUCAUAAACCAGAUGUCGCCCUCCAUGCCGGCACAGACAAACACGCUCCAAUUGUCGCACUUUGCAAAUUCUCGCGCAUGUCAGGAGACUCUAAGAUUGGCCUGGGCGACCCCAACAGACCCAAUGGAGUCAUAUGGGAAGAAUUGACAAGAAAAUCCUGGAACAAUUCAGAGUACCAGUGGAUAUUCAACUUUGGAGGACGCGAGCGUCGGCAACUUACCUGGAAACGCACCCACAGUGUGGGUGUAGGCAAUGACACGCCCAGCUUCGGCUCAUCUCGAAAUUUCAAACUCGUUGAUAGCCACACGAAUGAUAUCCUUGCCGUCUAUAAUAAUGCGGGAAUGUUCCAUUUCAACAAAUGCGGCAAGUUCCAGAUAAAUGUUAAUUAUGGAAGGGAAUUCGACACCAUGGUAUUCCUGACGGGGUUAGCGUUGUUGGAGAAGGCGCGCCGUAGGUCUCGCAACUCCUCAGGUGCUGCGGCAGGCGCAGCUAGUGCUGGAAGCUAAGACGAGGAUGUAUUUUUUGUUGUUCUUGACGAUACCCAGAUUGGAACGUUGUAUGUUGGAAUAUGCUAGCGUUGAUUACAUAUGUAUUUGGGAAAUCGAGUUUUCGCAAGCUCGAUAAGCUUUGCGUUUCGGUCAAAACUCCAUCAAUUGAUCAUAUGCUGUAAUGUUCUCACUUGCAACCAUGGUUCAUAAAGCGAAUAUCAGUGAUCAUCAAAAAGGCUUACUCUUCCUACUGUCUCGGACGACCGCGUUGGCGGGGUAAUGUAUAAAGUUAAAAUGCUACGCCUCAAGUUAGGCAGACUCAUUUAUAACUUGAUAUUAUUA